CGGGUAAUCUGUUUCCUAAUUCUAAUUGGAGACUACGCAUCCGUUAUCUAUAUAAGGAGAGAAAACCUUCAAUCUUCAGUCUUCAAUCUUCAAUCUUGAGUCUUCUUCUACGUUUUCUCACCAAAAUUAAAUACAAAUAAAAACUUUUUCUUAUAGUCUUGAAAGCUAUGGAUUCAUGGGAAAAAAACAAAAAGAGAAAAGCUAUGGAUUCGUCGGGAAACCCCAAAAAGAAAACAGCUAUGGAUUCAGAUUGGGAAAAUUUGCCUAAGGACCUAUUAGAUCUAGUUUUAGAGAGAUUAGAAUCAAUUUCAGACUAUUUGGCAUUUAGUGUUGUUUGUAAGACAUGGAAUGGUGUAGCAAAGAAUAGUCGGAGCCAAAGUCGACACACAGCUCCAAUGCUCUUAAUUUCUAGUGACAAAGAAGAUACAUGGAACUUAUAUAACGUCAUGAAUAAUAAGGUUCUUGAUUUACAAUUAAGACUUCCGAGUAAGCGAUUAUGUGGGUCUUCAAAAGGAUGGCUAAUAACUCUGGAUGAGAACUUCGUUGUGACCUUAAUGAAUCCAUUCUCUAUGGUUGAAGGAUGUAAAGAGAAAGAAAAUUCAAUCAUUCGCCUUCCUCCACUAGCGCGUAAGUACGACUUUAGAGAACCCGAUUAUCAUGUGUAUAAGGCUACAAUUUCAGCAGACCCAAUUUUAAAUGCACAUGAUUUUAUUGUUACGGUCAUAUACGGAUUUUUUUCUAAUUUCGCUGUUAUCAGACCUGGUAAAGACACAGAGUGGUCGUAUAUUCCGAAUUAUUACGAAUUCCGACGAUUUCAUGAAGUUGUUCACCUUGGAGAUAAAUUUUAUGCUCUAUAUAAUGAUGAUAGAAUUUUAAGUUUUGAUGCUCGGGAUACAAUUGAACUUUCUGAAAUUAUAAGUGAAUUGGAAGUAAAGUGGGGAAGCUUGACACCUAUGGAAGGGUUUGGUUCACAAAGCCGCGCUAACAAGACAUAUAUUGUGGAUUCCAAUGAGAAAGGGUUUUUGAUCGUGAAAAGGUAUAAAAUUUGGGAAGGUAAUUGGCCAGAUGAGAAGGCUGUCACAUUUAAAUUUGAAAUUUUCGAACUAAAUUUUGAUAAGCAUGAGUUGAUUGAGAAAGAAACCUUGGAUGAUGCUGCCCUUUUUUUGGGUGAUAAUUCUUCCAUGUUUGUUUUGGCUUCAAAAUUGCCAGGAUGUCAGCCCAACUGCAUAUACUUCACCUCAGAUUAUCAACGUUCGUCUUGGGUACUUGAAGAUUUUGGCGUGUAUAACAUCAAAACUCAAAGCAUUUCAAAGCCUUACACGACAACUGCUAUGACCCUGUUGGCGAGGACUAAGCAACCAGAAAUUUGGGUUAUGCCAACUUGUCGACAGUGA